AUGGGACAGGAUGGCUCCCCCGAUUUGUUUGCUACACUCCACCGUACCCUGUCAUCCCAAUCCUUUGACCGUUCCGGUCUUGCGGCGGUCUGGCAGCUCUGCAACGAGGCGCGUCUGACCGUCCAACGGUCGACUUUACGAGACGUCGCAAACUACCUGCACUCCUUCUAUCGCAAUGAUUCUGUGAACCGCGGUCAGAUUGUGUUUUUGACAACUCUCGUGAUCGCAAUGGCUGGCUGUGGCCUUCUUUCUCGCCUCAUCAGGCGCAGACGUUCUUCCGAGAAUUCCGAGAAGACUCGGUCAUCGCGUUUCUCCAUUCGCAAGACAUCUAGCAAAUCCUCCACCAAAACCCUCACAUCCUCAUCGGACGACGACUACGAAGACGAUGACUACGAUAGCAACGGCUCUCUGCGACACGGCACCGACCCUCAGCAAAAGCCCCCGGAGUGGUCGGCGCACCACCAGCAAGGUACAGACGCAUUCAAAACCGAUCCAGGUUUGCUGAAAAAGUUCACCUCUUAUGACUUGUACACCACCUCCGUGGCAACUUAUCCGGCGAUUCGAACUUUCUUCUGUCCACACCCAAACCAGAGCCGCCUUCCGACCAAACCAACCCCCCUCCCACUACUGGUCGUCGUGCACGGCUUAGGGGGAUCGCUUGCACAAUUCCACCACUUGCUCAAAAGUCUUUCCAAUAUUGGAUCUUGCUUCGGGAUCGAUCUCCCAGGUUGCGGCUUGUCCAAAUUUGCACCGACCGAUUGGGACGCAUACACUGUGGAGGCGCUGGCUGAACUCCUGGCUGUUGCCAUUGAGCGACACCGAGAUCGGGAGAAUGGGCAAGAAGUGAUCUUGGUUGGUCACAGCUUGGGAUGCUCUCUGUCUGCUCUGCUCGCCUCCUCGACCUCGCCGAUUGGAAAGAGCCUGAAACAAUAUAUUCGCGGGCUGAUCGCGAUAUGUCCGCGAUCUACUCCGCCGUCUGCAGAUGAGGUUACGACCUUCCGCAGACUGCUCCACAUACCUGGUCCGAUCUUCGACUUGUGGCGUCUAUGGGACCGACGCGGCGGCAUCGAGAGCGCCAGUGUGAUGAGAAUGGUUGGCAGCAAUGCUGAUGCCGAGACUCGAGACCUUCAGGUUCGCUUCAACAAACAGAGUCAGACUCCGGUUUGGCGUCGCAUGGCAUGGGGUACGCUUCCGACCUACAAAAAUGGAACUGACCCUGUUGGUGGUAUGCCCGGUGAGAACGUCUGGGCUGGUAUCCAUAUGCCGAUCUUGUUGGUAGCAGGUGAGGCAGACGCAGUCACGAAACCGGUGGAAAUCCAAAAGCUGUUGAAGUUCUUCGGUGACUCUUCGAUUGCUACUACCAUCGAUACCGAUGGCAGCAGCAUCGUCCCUGAUGCCUCGCGAGUCCAUGAUCAGGUGACAACGCCAUCCAACAUGUUGGCCCAUGAGGAGAAAUACGGCAUCAAGCCCAGCAAAGAAGAGAAGCAGAUCAAUGAGGCCAAUCUACUUGGCAAGGAGCGGAAGCGACUGGUCAAGUCAGCCAUCCUGCCGGCACCUGCAUCUCAUGCUCUUCUCUACGACCGGGCGACCUACCGUACCCUUGCUGGAAUCAUUCAAGAUUUCCUCUCGCAUCACAUUGACAAGCGAUUGGCCCUGGGCUGGCAAUUGCAAUACAUAAACACCUCUGGCAAAUGGGACGUGAAGAACCUUGCCAAGUGGCAGAAGGUCGCCCCUGUUUCAGAGCCGAUUGCCAACACCUUUGCCGCGCUCAAGAUGCUGCGCGAGGUGGACGAACUGCACAACCCGGUGCUCUUCUCACAGAAGUACCGUGAUCGUAUCUACGCCGUCAUCGAUAUCAGUCACGAAAGCCCGGUGUAUAACCCAGCCACGAUGGAAGCCGGAGGCAUUCGCUACUGCAAGCACCCAACGGUAUCCAAGAUUCCCCCGACACCAGAUGAGACCCGCGACUUCAUCGAUCUGGUCGACCGUCUCCAGGGUGAGAUCGAUGAGAAGAUGGAGAAGCGCGAGGACCCCUCGCAGCCGCGUCCGCUGGUCGGCGUCCACUGCCACUAUGGCUACAACCGCACCGGGUUCCUCAUCGUUUGCUACCUGAUCGAGCGACGGGGUUUCGGUGUUCAAGAUGCCAUUGACGAAUUCAACCGGUGCCGAGCACCCGGCAUCCGACAUGAGCACUUCAUCGAUACACUCUUUGUGCGCUAUUGCGUCGGGUUGAAGAGAGCACCCACUCUGUAA